AGUUACAUUAUCUGGAAAAACAACAUUUGCGCAUUUGACCGAAGCCUGAUGAUUUAUAACGCAAACAAACAGGAUGACAAUUUUGCGAGCAGGCCUUUCGCAGGGAAUGAAUGAGCCAGGCGGGCACGAGCAGAAUGACUCAACCAGCGUUGACUUUGGAAAAAAAAAAAAGGCCAUGACGAAUGGAGGCAGGUGCGAAAAUCAUCUCAGUGCGGUGCAGUCGAGCGAAGGGAGCGACGGCCUGAAACAAUGACGGUGCUUUGCGUGCAACGCCUUGCUUGAAAACCAACAUCCUUGUCAAUCCGUGGCACUUAUGCAUCGUCACAGGGUCGUCACCAGCAAAUCAGAGGGCGCGCCUUGAAAGCAACAACACCGAUGGACAUUUUGGUCUUCAAUCAACCUGACGUAUGUUUUGGCCUGUAGGGGGAAGCUGGAGUGCAUGAAAACAUUCGACAACAUUCCACAUUGGAAGCGAGGCCAAAGACAAGAUUCGAACAUGGAGCAAAUAUCAGACCUGGAGCCACACAUGCAUGUAAAAUGCGGUUAUUAAAUCAAAUUGAAAUCCAAUAUUUACGUGCUCUUAUUCGCUCUGAUCACGCACGCGCACAACGUGAAUGACCAUCGCAGUAGACCCUGACAGUAUGCAACAUUCUGCACGCUUUUGGAAUAAAAGUAACGGAAGCAUUUGACAGCACGCCGCUUGGGUGGCAUUCUUUGGUUUGCCUGUGCACUUCCGGAACUUUCCUUGCAGUGUUUGUGUGGAGGGCAGGCAGGAGGAGGGCUGGCCAACCUCCUCUCGUAACAACAAACUGAUGAAUGACUGAAAGAAAGCCCACAAGGCUUCCAGCUCCCCGCGUUUACUCGUCUUUUGUUUGGAACGGAAUCGCAAUUGAGCACAAGGAGGAGGGCCGGCAGGCUAUCUUGCGGGCAUGCUGAGGUAGCACAACAGGAUGUCUGAUGAAGAGGACCAGCAGCAGCAGCUGAAUGAGCGCAAACACCUCCCCGAAAUCUGCCACAUCAAUGAUGAAGAGGCAGAGUACGAUGGGGAUGAUGAUGAUGAUGAUGAAGAACACCAGGAGAUACGUGAUCAGUCACACAGCGCCUCCUUCAGCUCAGAGAAUGAGGCUCAGGGAGGCGACCCCGCAGCAUGGGAGUGCACCCCUCCACACUCUACCUCACCUUCAGGGGGGACGGCAGCCAACGCUACCCCUUCACAGCCCGCUUCAGGACCCCACUCUGGAGUCUCCAGCCAAAGCACCACACCUCCCUCCACCCUGACAGGAAGAGGGAGUAGGACCUCAAAACCAUCGCACAUGAGACGUAACAUUAGGAAGUUACUGAGGGACCAUCAGCUGGAAGCAGUCACUAAAACUGCUCAGCAGGAGGAGCUACAGAGAAGGCAACGUCUGGAUCACCAGAGAAAGCAAGAUUUGUCUAUACCACUGCUGCCUGAAUAUGAAACUGAUGAUGUAACAAAGCAUGUGUCAACAUCAUCAUCUUCAUCAUCAGUGUCACAGCAGGAGUUGAGACAGGAAGUCAUCCGCCUGGAGUCCAGUAGCACCGAUACUUGCCAGGACGUCAAUACCAACUUACGUUCCUCCACGACUGAGCGCAUACACACAGAAGGUGCAAUUAAUCUAAGCCAGGGAGAGUACAACGCUAUCAGCCGAGACUCCGCCCACCAUGAUAUAGAGCUUCAGCAAAGUGGCAUGCACGUCAACGACGACUUCAAUCGCCCGGAUAAACAAGGACGGGUGCUUGUUAACUUGAACCAUCCGGCAACAGAAAAGGACAUUUUCCUGUCACCUCAGCUGGCACGAGCUGUAAAACCUCACCAGAUUGGUGGAAUUCGUUUCCUGUACGACAACCUGGUGGAGUCGGUGGAGCGUUUUGGCAGCAGCAGUGGCUUUGGCUGCAUCCUGGCCCACUGCAUGGGCCUAGGCAAAACACUGCAGGUCAUCUCCUUCAUUGACGUCCUCUUCAGAUACACAAAGGCCCACACCGUGCUCACCAUCGUCCCUGUCAACACGUUGCAGAACUGGCUGGCAGAGUUUAAUUUAUGGGUCCCGCACUCUGAGGCCUUGCGUCCAGAUAGCGACCAUGGCGUUGUGAGGCCUCGCACCUUCAAGGUUCACAUCCUCAAUGACGAACACAAAAACACAGCAUCCAGGGCCAAGGUGGUAGAGAACUGGGCCCAAGAUGGAGGUGUGCUGCUGAUGGGCUAUGAGAUGUACCGCCUCUUGUCGCUCAAGAAGAACUUUGUGUCCGGACGAAAGAAGAAAAGCAAGAAAACUGCAGGCCCUGCCGUCAUCGACAGAGAUGAGGAGGACCGGCAGCAGAAGUUGCUCAAAGCUAUCGAGAAAGCCUUGGCCAAGCCUGGUCCUGACGUAGUGAUUUGUGAUGAGGGCCAUCGCAUUAAAAACUGCCAUGCCAGCACCUCUCAGGCCCUGAAGAAUAUCCGAACCAAGCGCCGCCUGGUUCUGACAGGAUAUCCACUCCAGAAUAACCUGAUCGAGUACUGGUGCAUGGUUGACUUUGUUCGACCCGACUUCCUUGGCACACGGCAAGAAUUCAGUAACAUGUUCGAACGUCCCAUUCUGAAUGGGCAGUGUGUGGACAGCACACCGCAGGACAUCCAGUUGAUGAGGUACAGGAGCCACGUCCUGCACAGCCUACUGGAGGGCUUCGUACAGCGACGAGGCCACGAUGUGCUAAAGGACCAGCUGCCAUCCAAAGAGGAGCAUGUGAUCCUGGUACGCAUGUCUCCACUGCAAAGGGCGCUCUACACAGAGUUCAUGAACCGCUUCAGAGAGGCGGGAAACACCGGCUGGCUCAGCCUCAAUCCACUCAAAGCUUUCUGCGUAUGCUGCAAGAUUUGGAAUCAUCCAGAUGUGCUCUAUGAAGCCUUACAAAAGGAAAACCUGGCAAGUGACCAGGACUUAGACCUUGAUGAUGUCACCUCAGCUGCACCGACACAAUGCCCCACUGCAACCAAUCAGAAGCCAAAGUCCCAGGAAAACCCAAACCCCAUCGGAGGACUGAGUCUCAACCAGUUGCAGGAGAGGGCCAAUCAGGUCAUCACAUAUGAAUGGGCCAAAGACAUAAUGUGCGAUUACAAGCCCGGCAUCCUGGAAAAUUCUGCAAAAAUGGUGCUGCUGUUCCACCUGAUUGAAGAGAGCGUUGCAAAGGGAGAUAAACUCCUUGUUUUCAGUCAGAGUUUGUCAACUCUUACUGUGAUUGAGGAUUUCCUGGCCAAGAGACCAGUACCUCGUUCUCCCAGCGGCUCUCCUAGAGACGCAGGCAGCCAGAACUGGGUCAGAAAUGUCAACUACUACAGACUGGAUGGAAGCACAACCACCUCAGAGCGAGAGAGAUUAAUUAACCAGUUCAACAAUCCCAGCAACACUUCAGCGUGGGUCUUCCUGCUGUCAACCAGGGCAGGUUGUCUGGGAGUGAACCUGAUCGGAGCGAACCGUGUGGUGGUUUUUGAUGCCUCAUGGAACCCGUGCCAUGACGCCCAGGCCGUGUGCCGUGUCUACCGCUACGGUCAGAGGAAGGCGUGUCACAUCUACAGGUUGGUGUGUGAUUUCACGCUUGAGAAGAAGAUCUACGACCGCCAGAUCUCCAAACAGGGCAUGUCCGACCGAGUGGUGGACGAUUUGAAUCCUGUCCUGGCCUUCACCAGGAGGGAGGUGGAAUCUCUUCUCCAUUUUGCUGAAGAAGAGCCAGAGCUCUGCCAAAUUCAGUUGCAGCAUCAAGAGAGCAUGGAUUGCGUCCUAGAUAAGGCGUUGUGCCUCUUCCCACACCUCAUUACCAAGCAACCAUUCCCCCAUGAGUCUCUGCUCAUGGACCGCAGAGAGAUGAAGCUGAGCACUGCUGAGAAGAAGGCAGCAAAAAAAGGUUACGAGGAGGAGAAGAGGGCAUCUGUGCCAUACACUCGUCCUUCCUACGCUCACUACUAUCCGGCCAGUGACCAGAGCCUCACCAACAUUCCUGCAUUCAGCCAGAGAAACUGGCGACCACCUCAUGCUGAAGACAAGCCAGUAGCCAAUGUCCGACCAGUCCACUCUGCUCCAGUUGCCACCAUACCUCGACAGCCGUCUGCAGGUUCUGCUCCAACGUCCAAAGACUCAUCAGUGUCCAGCCAUGGAGGUUUUCCUGUCACCUGCUUGCAAAAAGCUGGAGUGUUUGUGCAGAAGAUCAUUACUACAACAGAUAUGGUGAUUCCUGGGACCAACAACGCAACAGAUGUCAAGGCCAGAAUCACAGCUGGAGAGAGCAUCCAUGUCAUUAGGGGCACCAAAGGGACAUACAUCAGGACAUCAGAUGGACGAAUAUUUGCUAUCAGAGCAGCCAGCAAGCCCAAGAUGUCAGAUGAGACUAUUACAAGAUCACACAAAGCCCCUCAAGUCUCUGCAGAGGAGCAGCCAACUACUGGUUCUAAUGAUUACCCGUCACCUGACCAACAGCAGCCAGUAACUUCUGAGAGUUUGCCCCGCCCCCUCUCUCCUGACAGCCCAGAGAUACUGAGCGAGUUGCAGCGCUACACUGCAGGUACGGGAAGCCAGCCGGAGAAGGUGGAUGGGAGCAACGUGUACAAACUGCCUUCAGCUAAACUGGCCCAAAGCAACGACGAUAACGGAAAUGUGAGCCACCAAGAUGCCAACAGGGCUAAUGUCGUCCAGCCCAACAUGGAUGUCACAGCUGCACAAGACUUGAGAAUCAACACCAAGCGUAAAGCAUCCACCCCACUACCAGAUGAGCGGUCUAGCAAGCAGCCAACUGUUGGCAAACACUCCACAGCCUCUUUAGCCUCCCAGGGUUUUCCCUACACGGGUGCCUACGGCUUCCCUCUGGGCUUCAACCCCGCCAUGCUGGGUGGCUCAUUGGGAAACCCAGUCUACAUGGGGGCAGGCUCGCCUUUCUUCCACCCAUCUCAUAGUGCACUUGGUGAUCCUAGUUUCAUGCCAGAGCUGUUUGCUUUGGGCACAGUCCCCACCUCAUCUUCCACCUCCGCACUGUCCACUUCUACCACCACAGAUGUCUCAAGCUCCUCAUCCCUGGCGUCCUCUGCGUCAAAAGCUUCCACUUUGGCUCUGGGCACCUUACCGCCAUUCAUGCUGAGCCCCAGCCUAGCUGGCAUGGGCGGGAUCCUGCCACCAAAUUUUGCCCUAUCCUAUAGUCAAUCUCUGGCCAGCUUCUACCGGGGGUCAAUGCUCCCCGGUGGGCUUCCCGGUCCAGCAGCAACUCCUGGUCCAGCUGGAGCAAGCUUUCUCUCCCAAUACAAUAUAACUGCUGGCUCAAGUUCCUCAUCGUCAUCGUCCCCUUCAUCAUUUUCCCCGUCGGUACACUCUGAGGACCAAAGGGCCAGAGCUAUUGUCAAUGGCAGGAAUGUCAGUAGCCCCAGCAGCUCAGAUGACAAUGAGGAAGGCAUUGAGGUGAACAGCCAAUGAAAACAAUGAUGAUCAUCCUGUUUGGUGCAGGUUUUUAAAAGAUCCUGUGUGGGGCAAGAGACGUGGCGUUAGAUGAAUGACAACGUGUGCUCUCAUUAUGUCAAGUGCGCACAGUGUUAUCGCUUGAUGCUGAAUUUCUGAACUUUGUUAAAAAUAUCGUUUGGACAGAAGUGGAUUGAAAUCAUGAAACCUUGGCCAUCUGCCUUUGAAAUUUAAUCAUCACUGGACAAAAAAAAGCCUGCCGUGACUGGAAAGGCUUCUUGUUGUGCUACCGAUAAGUGAAAACAAAACAACAGCAGAUUUACCAGGGGAAAAUGGUUGUAUUUUAGUUUAGCUGUAGCAACGGUUAUGUUUGUAUUCUGUCUGUAGGGAUGGAGAUAAUGGUAUAGUUGAGAAAUGGACGAAUUGUGUUUAAAUUGUUGUUGCUAAGUAAUUCCUUGAAGCUGUGAAGGCUAAAAGGAGUGAACUUCUUGACUGCAGCCAGCAGAUGGACUGUUGGUUUAGUCUCAACUAGUUUGCUCUUUAAACAAGGGGAGCUUGACAUCAGCUAAUGCCCACGUCCGCACAGACCUCCGCUAUGGUUCAAGUCUUCUGUUGCAGUAUUCUGCUCAAUAAGACGCUGGAUGGAAUUCAGGACAAUUACAGAGAUACUCCCAUCCAGUUACAAAUCUGCCCAUUCCCAAUUGUUUUGUCACAUCUCGUCUUGCUACUGAAUAUUCAACAGUUUUUUUUAAGAAGUGCGGAAGUAUAAGCAUUUUCAGCUUCUCUGCCAGGUGAGCGGUAUUUUAUGAUUUUGUUCUUGGAAGGAAAUACAAAGAAGACAGGAUGAUGAGGUAAAACUUCUAAAACCUUAAUACAGCAAGAAUGUAUACCUAAUCAAAUGCCUUUGAACUAGGCCUUUAUAAAAGACUCCUACUGAGACGUGACAUCGGAAUAUCAGUUUUUCUGUAAUUUUUUGUAUUAUUUUACCUUUGCCGAAAAACAGACAGGGGGAAAAUGAGGAAAAAAAAACUGUGCUCUCCUCGUAGCGGAGAAACAACCACCAACGCAAAAUGCCUUUUGCCGUUUAUCUUUCUGAAUGUGAACUAAUGAGCAAGGAGAUGCAAAGAGCGGAGUUGAAAUCUCACCCACAGUCUUACUGUAGCCUAGUGACAAAUAAUGCAAAGCACUCACUCAAGCCUAUAUACUGUUAAUGUACAUGCCAACAGGAGUCAAGCUGACCAUACCUGAAUUUUGGUUUUAGUGUUGUUGUCUGUGUUUGUGUGUUAGUUUGAAAUGUGUAAGAAAGAAAGAAAGCAACAGGCGUUCGUGAUAUUACACUUUUUACUCUGUUGGUGUUUCAAUGUUAAGUUGACCUCAUUUGUUUGACUUGAGGUCUUUAUUGAAAUACUUUAUGGGGGAACUUUGCCAAAAACAGCAUAUCUAAAUCCUCUGUCAUAGAGGAUUUUGUCUUAAGCGACCAAAAAUAAAUACCCUGACUUUACUGUUUCCUCAAAUAGUGGGCAUCCCUCUGACAGUCAUUGUAAUGAUAACUUCAUGGAUGUGAUUGUUUACACACUGACAUUAAAGAGUAAAAUGUGCUGUAUGUAUGUUGCUAACCACACGAGCAGCCCUACCGAGGCACAUGUAUUGUCUGCAGUCUUUGCUGCACAUUACAAAACAUGCCAGUACUGGGAGCAUUGUGGAAUUUUCGUCAAAAAAUGUUUCUUUUUUUUUACAAAUAUUUCCUCCCACAUCUUCAGUUAAGUGUAUAUAGCAAACAUCCCUGGCCACUAUUUGCGGAAACAUGCUAUAUAAAUACUGAAUACGGCCAUCAGUCAGUGUGACCUCACGGUUAACACUGCUCUACACUCUACAAUUAGAGACCUGCAUAUGGAGACAAGGACCCCCCCACCACACACACACACACACACCACCACCACCAUUAUGAUCAGUGUAUUCACCUGUUUUGACAUUGUGCUUUCAGAACCAGCAACUCAUUUGUUGUACGAAACAAACAUCACAUCCGUAUACAGAGAAUAAUUGUGAAAGAAUAUUUGUGCUUCAUUCUGAAAUUGUGAGUUUACCUGUUUCAUUUUUGUCUAGACUACGUGAAUUUACCAAGGUUAUUUAUUACAAUGAAUAUUUAUUCAUUUGUAGGGUUUUCAUAGAUUUUUUUUUUUUUUUUUUUUACUUUUGUUGUUACUAAAGUUGGGGGAAACCCCACCACCACCACCGCACACACACACACACACACACACACACACACACACACACACACAACAUGAAAAAAUGCCCUGGCUCCGUUCCAGUUCAUAUUUAAGUGCAGCAUAUGCAUGUGUGGACCAACCAAUCAAAAAUCAGUUUUUCAGAAAGUUGGAGUAAUUAUCAGCCUGCUGACAGUUACACAAGUCAUCUCUUAAAGUUGGUGAUUUUGGAUAAUAAUUCAUCAGCUUCAUAUUUUGUUCAUUGUCAUUUAAUGUCUAUCCAUGUGAAAUCUUUCAUAUAAUGACAGAGUCCUUCAUUAAAGGUUUGAAGUAAAUGUCUGCUCAGAAAUGAUUAUCAUAAUACAUGUCAUUUCUGCAUAUUACACUUCAGCUCAAACCACAGUUAAUUGUUCAGCAAAAAAAAUUGUUAUUGUUAGCAUUGAUUUUUCUUUUUGUUGUCAUAUCAGAAGUGAUGGAAAAGUUUUGGAUGGCAGCUUGCAUUCGCUGUACCAAGUUAAUUUAAUUUUAUAAAUUUUUCUACUUGAAUUUGCAUCUUUAUUUAUACAAAUCAAAGGAAGUCCAAUGAGCAGAGCUGUCUGGAUUUCACGGUGAGAAGAUUGAAAGUGUUGCCUCUCAUGUGUUGUGAAUCCAUGGACGGAGGGUUUUCAGUACUUUUAAGUAGGCAAGUUCUUUGUUCGCUUGUUUUUAAAAGUUUGACAAUAAAAUAACUGUUCCAAAUGUUA